AUGCUUCAGAAGGAGCGCGCGGCCUUCAAGCCGUACCCUCCCGACAUUAUUGUCAAUCCGACUGUAGACUCGAUCCCAAAUUUCGAGCAUGUGCGGUCAAUUUCGUGCGAUGACAUUGAUAGAAAUGGACUUGAGCAAUUUUCGCAUCUCUAUGAUUACUGGGUCAUCAAGACUGGGCGGCCGCUCGUGAUUAAAGGAUUCCAAGAUCUGUUGGACAGAAGGUUAUUCUCGUCGGAGUGGCUUCAGAAGAACUACGGAAAGAAGGUGGAGAAUGUUCGGAACUUGGGCAAGGGAGCUAACGUGUGCUUCAGCAUUGGCCAUUACUUGAACAAGUUGCCCGCGCUUGCAGGGAAGAUUACUACGGCUACCUUCGACAACCCGCAGAUCCAAAGGCUGUAUCUGAAAGAUAUUGACUGCCCCGUUGAGUGGCAGAACUCGCUCGAGCAGAUGAUUGUACCUCAGCUCUUUUACUUGAAUGAGUCUCCCAAGUCCUACCUUGGCCCUGGAUCCACGUUCACCGGCCAAUCUGAAUGUCCUCGCACCCAGGAGGGCCAUCUUAUUGCCAAGGCGGGCGACCUGAUGAGCAGCCUUCCGACCGAAAUGCGCGCUGAAAACCUGAUGUGCUAUAUUGGCCAUGAAGGAACCUACACUCCUGCACACCAGGAGAUGUGUGCCAGCCUUGGUCACAAUCUGAUGGUGGAGGCGUCGGGUGAUUCCGUUGAAAAUGGACACGCAACACAGCAAGGCUCAUCGGUUUGGUUCAUGACUGAAACGAAAGAUCGCUAUGCGGUAGCCGAAUAUUGGGCAUCGAUUUUAGGUCAUGAUAUUGACUUGGAGGAUCAUUUUUCUCAGCUCAGGGCAUGGGAACAGGCACCUUUCAGGACCUACCUGGUCGAACAAAAACCCGGUGACCUCGUCCUUGUCCCCCCUUUGGCUGCACAUCAAGUGUGGAACCGUGGCACGCGAACAAUCAAGGUUGCGUGGAACAGGACAACGGUAGAUACGUUGGAAUAUGCUUUAGGCGAAGCGUUGCCCAAAGCGCGAGUUGUCUGUCGAGACGAACAGUAUAAAAACAAGGCAAUUUACUCAAGUCUGCUACGGCAUGCCACCAGGAUGGAUCAUCCCGAAGUUCAAGGUCUGUGGUCGGACUUCAGACGACUUUAUAAGCUGUACACCGACAUCAUGUUGUCGGAGAGCUUUUCGAAAUCGCCGCCCCCACAGGAUCAAAUCGAAUUCGCCAAGUUUGACGGCAAUGUGACAUGCUCAUAUUGUCGCUGUAAUAUCUUCAAUCGGUUCCUCACGUGUCCAUGGUGCAAAUCGAAUGAAGAAGACGCUUACGACGUCUGUAUGGAAUGCUACGUCAUGGGCCGGAGCUGUGGUUGUAUCUCGAAACUUAAAUGGGUGGAACAAUUCCCUUGGAAGGACCUUGUUGGGCGACACGACGCGUGGCGUCGUCAAAUUGUGUCCAACGAGGCGUUCGUCAGCGGUGACGACAUCAAAAUAGCCAAGUCGCGAUUCCCUACGCUCAUAGUGGUUCGGGGACGACUAGGCCGGAAACCCAUCGCAGAGAUCUGCCAGGAGCAAUUGCUUUUGCGACCAUUCACAGAUUUCAGGAACGGCCGGUCACAAGAGGACGAUCAGAAGGAAGCGACACCCUCUGAUUCCGAAGAUCGUGAUUAUGGGCACACACGAAAGCGCCGAAAAGUCCAGCGUCCCAAACGCAAGGUUGGGCAAACCCGCGGCCUGUGCCACCAUUGCCACGAAAGUGAGCCACCAUGGAAACUGGCAACUUGUUCAGCGUGCUACACGCAGUAUUGCUUUGGUAGCUUAUUUCGUGCCUUCAACAUCUCGCCGCAGGACGCGUUGGAGAGGCCCCGCUGGGUAUGCCCUAAGUGCUUGAAAACCUGCAACUGCUCGGUGUGCCGAAUUGACUUUACGAUGGUACCAUACGAGCCCGUACGCUCAUUUGUGGGCCACGAUACUAGGAAGGUCGCCGAUCCACGCAGCACGGAUUCUCUGAUCAAUAUGAAAUUGAACAAUGCCCACUGGGUCACUAUGUUCGGUUCAGAUAUCGAGCAACGCCUGAUCAAAGGUCAAAUCGAAGAGAAUCUCAAACGCUCAGAGGUUAUGAACAGGUCUCAACCCCCGGACCCCCCGCAGCAAUCGAGAUCGAAUGGCAACGGCGCAAUGCCAUACCGUGACUUUCUGGAACCUCAUCAUGACGACCCCGACGAUACCCCCGUGGACCCUGCGCUUUUCGAGGCUAGUAAUAGAUUCAUGAGCACAUUGCAGGAUAAAACGGCAAACUGA